AUCUGUGUCCAUUUUGUCAACAACCUUCAUUUAAUAGCCGCUACCUAUUGUGACGCUCAAGCUCCUGUUUUGAUAUGGCAGGUCAACUCGAAUGGCGGAAGAACUACCGGACGAGCUUCCGCUGAUCGAUACUUCGAGUGUCUAUCCGUCGACACAUCGACCUAUGGCGCUAUCUCAUCUCACGCAAACGCAAACGCAAACACCCUAGUUUAUUCUAAAUCAUGUGGGCGGCUAAAAAAUCUGUUCGGUUAUUGCGUCAUACAAUGUACUUUACGAAGCCUUUUGAUAGAGUCGCCAUAACGGUGGCAGGUAUGUCACCGCGGCGAAACUGUGUCUUUAACGUUAAACGUGCACGUUACAAGCCCGAUGAUCGACCUCUAUAUGAACAAGUCAUUAGUGGAUUCAAGUUAUUUAGGGGUGAAUGCGUCCGCUUCAUUCAGGAAUGGAAAGAGAGAUUCACAUAUGAUAUGCCACAAUGGUAUCUAAACCAGAUUGUGCCACAAUAUAGAUUUAACAAAAAGCAAGAUAUAGAUUUCUUUGAAGUAGUAACCGACAGUGAUCAUAAUCUAGGCUUUUCUAAAGCCGAAUUUACACCUACGCGAAAUGGAACGGCGGUAUUUAAAGGCGUACUAGAUACGCGAGUACCAAAAGAUGGUCGCACAAAAUACGCUGGCAUGGCGGCAAUUAUAACGUAUCCUAAAACGAAAAGUUUUCAACGAGAAGUGUACUAUGAUUGGGGUCACUGGACACAUCUUGUUAUCCGUUGUCGCGGCGAUGGCCGUUCUUACAUGAUUAACCUAACUGUCUUCGGGGAUUUUGAUGUUCACUGGUAUGUGGUAUAUAGCUAUCCGCUGUAUACGCGAGGCGGUCCGUACUGGCAGCUCACGUACAUACCCUUUUCAAAGUUCUAUCUCGUAAACAAGGGCCGUAUACAGGAUAAGCAGAAUCGAGUUCCCCUGACGCAUGUCAGAAAAAUUGGCGUCACUCUUGGAGACGGCAACGCUGGCCCGUUCGAGCUGGAGAUAGAUUUCAUAGGUUGUACAAUAGGCGAACUCACACCUGAGGAGUUUGCUUACGAAAAGUACGAAGCACCCAAAGACUAUUCAGUUGGCUUCUAGUGUAUACGUACAGCUGUUCUAUCAGAAAUAGUUUCCUUCAAAAAAACAAGUAGAAUUCGCUUUCUAGGAUAAGUUAGAAAUUGAGAAUUGUCUAUCGCUCUUAGUGAAUAAAGAUGUAUUGAAAUAUUUAUUGUUGUAAAUAAAUAUUCUUGGUGGUACUGAUUUGCUAA